AUGUCUGUCGUUGCCAACGAGCCCGCAGACCAUUACAAGGACGAGGAGCAGGGCGGCGUGGUAGAGACCACUGUUAAGGACCCACACGCGUCUGCAAACCGUCCCGUCAACAACGGAGAAUACCACGAAGAGGACGUUCUUGACCGGCCCCCAGACGGAACCCUGUGGGCCUGGAUAGCUGCCGCGUGUGUUUGUUCUGCCAACACGUUCUCGUGGGGAGUCAACUCUGCGUUCGGCGUGUAUCUGAACUACUACCUAGACGCCAAUGUUUUCCCCGGUGCUACCAAGAGGCAGUUUGCCAUGAUCGGGAGUCUUUCCCUGGGGAUCAGCUACAUGUUCUGCCAGCUGGGAAACGUGGUUGCCAAGCGGUACCCAUUGCGUGUGGUGAUGAGUGUUGGAUUGGUGAUCAUUUUCGUGGCGUACUGGCUCGCGUCGAUCGCCAAGACGGUGACUCAAUUGGUCAUGUUCCAAGGGCUAUUAAUGGGCGUGGGGUUUAUUUUCGUUGGUGGACCAGCCACAAUCAUUCUGCCCACCUGGUUUCUGCACAAACGGUCCAUCGCGUCCGGGAUCGGUGUUUCUGGUGCCGGGUUAUCUGGACUCAUUUUCAGCCGCUCAUGUAAUGCCAUCAUCGACCGGACCGGCAGCCACGUCUGGGCUCUGCGCAUGAUGGGGCUCGUUUGUGGCGCCAUGCUCGCCAUCACCAUCGUGUUCAUCCGUCCUCGCAAACCGUUCAACUCCAAGGACACCAAUCUGUGGCACGAGAUGCAACGGCUGUUCGAUAAACGCAUCAUUUCUCUGCCCCCAGUGCUAUACAUCUGCGCAUGGUGUUUCGUGUACAACUUUGCAUACACGAUCCUGCUGUUCUCGUACUCGUCGUUCUCGACGUCCAUCGGCCUGACGUACGAACAGGGCGCCGUGGUGACCACCGUGCAGAACGUGGCCCAGCUCAUUGGCCGUCCUGCGCUCGGCUACAUUUCCGACAAACUCGGCCGGGCCAACGUCUCCAUCGCAUGCACGCUGCUCAUGGGUCUGUUCAGCGGCGUGUUCUGGGUUUUUGUCACCACGUACUCGCAAAUGCUCGCGUUCGCGUUCCUUUCGGGCCUCAUUCUCGGCACAAACUGGGUCAACUACACCUCGUUGGCAGCAGACGCUGUUGGGUCCGGAAAAGACAUGGUGCCGGCCAUCUCGUUCAUCUGCGUUGUUUCCGGACUGCCGUACCUGGUUUCCGAGGUCAUCGCUUUGGAACUGGUGGACUACUCCAGAUCCAACCCGUUCUUCUGGUGCCAGAUCUUUGUCACCGUCACGUGCAUCAUCGGAGGCCUCACCUUGCUGCCCUACAGAGAAUGGAAGAUCCGCAGAAUCCUCACAGCACAGUCCCAGCUCGCAAAACCAGCCCGGCUCACCGCCGCCGGCUGGCGCGCCUAUCUUGCCCGCAUGUUCUACCCGAUCAGGGCCUAA